AUGAAAAUAGUUGAUUUAAAAUCAGAAGAAAUAAGUUAAUUUUUUGGAUAUUUCAUGUCAAAAUCUUCAUUUUUCUCUGUUUAAGCUUUACAAGUAGAACAAGAUUUUAAAAAUAACUAUUAAGUUUGCUCUAAAAUACUUUCCUGUCUCAGAUAAGUCUCCAUAGUAGACCAAACAAAAUUUAAUUUAAAAGACUCCGACUUUCUCAUGAUCCUUCGUAGUUAGGAAUACUAUAAUAAUCUGCAAAAUUUCUUGAGAUAUUUUAAUGUUGAAAAAGUUAUUAUGGAUUUAGUAACUUUCUACAAAUAUAUUUCUAUCUAUUAAUAUGUAAAUCCAGCUAACAUUAUCUACGAUCUUUACGAUAUCUGA